AUGCACUUGCGACUGAUUUCUUGUUUUUUUAUCAUUUUGAACUUUUUGGAAUACAUCGGCAGCCAAAACGCCUCCCGGGGAAGGCGCCAGCGAAGAAUGCAUCCUAACGUCAGUCAAGGCUGCCAAGGAGGCUGUGCAACGUGUUCAGAUUACAAUGGAUGUUUGUCAUGUAAGCCCAAACUAUUUUUUGUUCUGGAAAGAAUUGGCAUGAAGCAGAUUGGAGUGUGUCUCUCUUCAUGUCCAAGUGGAUAUUAUGGAACUCGAUAUCCAGAUAUAAAUAAGUGUACAAAAUGCAAAGCUGACUGUGAUACCUGUUUCAACAAAAAUUUCUGCACAAAGUGUAAAAGUGGAUUUUACUUACACCUUGGAAAGUGCCUUGACAAUUGCCCAGAAGGGUUGGAAGCCAAUAACCAUACCAUGGAGUGCGUCAGUAUUGUGCACUGUGAGGCCAGUGAAUGGAGUCCUUGGAGUCCAUGCACGAAAAAAGGAAAAACAUGUGGCUUCAAAAGAGGGACUGAAACACGGGUCCGAGAAAUAAUACAGCAUCCAUCAGCAAAGGGUAACCUGUGUCCCCCCACCAGUGAGACAAGAAAGUGUACAGUGCAGAGAAAGAAGUGUCAGAAGGGAGAACGAGGAAAAAAAGGAAGGGAGAGAAAAAGAAAAAAACUUAAUAAAGAAGAAAGUAAGGAUGCAAUCCCUGAUAACAAAGGUCUGGAGCCCAGCAGAGAAACUCCAGAGCAACGAGAAAACAAAGACAAACAGCAGCAGAAGAAGCGAAAGGUCCAAGAUAAACAACAGAAAUCGGUAUCAGUCAGCACUGUACACUAGAGAGUCCCAUGAGAUUGUUGUAAACUCGUGAUGCUGCUAUCUCCACCCGAUGCCCAGGACAGGUGCUCUAGCCAUCAGGACCACAAAUGGACAACGUGUCAGUUACUGCUCAGUCUAAACAACAUUCCAGACAGUUGCUAUAUUCUUCAGACAAGCAUAGUUAACAACAAAGAGCUGAAAGUUCAAAGAAGGGAUGUUU